GCAUCUCCAUCGUCCUCUUCUUCUUCCUCUUCGUUUUAAAAUUUUCAGAAUCAUUUCCGUGGUUUUGGUGGGUUUGUUGGGUUGAUAGGGAAGGGGGAAAAAAUUCUUCCUUGGUUCUUCGCGGUUGGUGUUCGUGCCAAUUCGGUUUCCCGGUCCCUUUUCUCCGCACCCGAAGAGAUCGUUUAGGUCGGUUUGGUGCGAUUUGGUGAAAUGCCGUGUAAAAACUGCUCCCGCUUUUUUUGCAUUUGCAGUUACCGCCUUACUCGCUCGAUUUGCUCAGAGCUGUUGCCACCUUUUGGACGAUUUUUGUGCGGGAAAUGGCAUGAAAGAUGCUCCCUUUUUCCAAUCGUUCCUUGCGAACGGCAAAGGUGUUGCUCGACAUGUUCUGUUUGGAGUCUUCUUCAAUUCGAACGCCGGGUUCGUCGGCAUCAUAGUCGCUUCCCUUUUUUCAGUGCCAUAUGUGCCCGAGAGAUGUUUUCUUGUUUCAGAUCCCUACCAUGUUUGGGAUUUGAAGAACUCCAUUUGCUAUGUUUCAUGUAGGCGUAGCUGGAUACUUUCUUCCUGGUUGUGUGUUUCCCUUUCUCCCAUCGACCUCAGUACACUUUCUUCGAUGACUCAUCAUAUUCCAUGGAUGCUAUCGAUAGGACAAGGAACUAGGACAUGCCAUACUGAUUUGUACUAUCUCAUAGUUUGUCCCCUCUGUUGCUUCCAGCUUCUGCUGCCACAUGUUUAUUAAUCAGCUGAACUUCUGCUGUUACUCCCCUGAAGUCCUCAACGGAUGAAUGGUUUUCCUGCAGGAAGGACAGACAGCAGCAGUGUUUGGCACGUGAACUUGUGUAUCUGACACGCCGGAAAUGCGGACUCACUGCUUGCUUUGUAGUAAUGGUUUAGGAAACAUGGAUACUUUUCCCCUAAAAUACUGGCAUCAAUUGGUGACUAGAACUUAUGUCCCAGAAAAGCCGGGCACUAGAGGAGUUGCGGAGCUCCUUGUACAAUGAAAUGCAUAGUUCAGAAAGCGCUAAGCGCCAGCAGAUGCGAUUCUGUGGACCAAGUGUUGCAUUGACAUUCAAUUUCGCUGUUGCUGUUGGGAUCAUCAUGGCAAACAAAAUGGUGAUGGGGAGUGUUGGAUUUAAGUUCCCGAUUGCACUUUCGUUAAUUCAUUAUGCAGUCGCAUUUGUUCUAAUGGCCACUCUUAAGACACUUUCCUUGUUACCGGUUGCCCCGCCGUCGAAAUCCACUCCUUUCUCAUCUAUAUUUGCUUUGGGUGCUGUAAUGUCCCUCUCCACUGGGCUGGCCAACGUGAGCUUGAAGCAUAAUAGUGUAGGUUUUUAUCAAAUGGCUAAGAUUGCUGUAACCCCAACGAUUGUGGUAGCAGAAUUCAUGCUUUUCCAGAAGAAGGUUUCCACUCAGAAGGCUAUCACACUGGCAGUUGUAUCAUUUGGAGUGGCUGUAGCAACAGUUACCGAUUUAGAGUUCAACUUCUUUGGUGCUUGUGUAGCAUUAGCAUGGAUUGUCCCUAGUGCUGUGAAUAAAAUCCUUUGGUCAAGUUUGCAACAAAGUGGAAAUUGGACCGCCCUCGCGCUGAUGUGGAAGACUACUCCGAUUACGAUAUUUUUCUUAUUGACAUUGAUGCCUUUGCUGGAUCCCCCGGGCUUGUUGCUGUUCAGUUGGAACUUCAGAAAUAGUUGUGCUAUUAUCAUUUCUGCUCUGUUUGGUUUCCUUCUUCAGUGGUCUGGUGCUUUGGCACUCGGUGCGACGUCAGCUUUGUCCCACGUUGUGCUAGGCCAGUUCAAGACCAUCGUCAUCAUGCUCUCCGGCUACCUGGUCUUCGGCUCCGACCCUGGGAUCACCAGCAUCUGCGGAGCUGUGGUCGCGCUCGGCGGCAUGUCGUUCUACACCUACCUGGGUCUGAAGAAGGACUCAGCGACCAGCGGCAAGAAAGCGCCGUCGAGACAGAACUCCUUCAUGGCGAAGCCUAAAGUCGCCGCAGACAAUGAUAACGCGGAUUCAGAACAGGAAGACAACGUGUAGGUUGGGAGACUGUCAUGUAGGUGAUCUCGUCACCGCCCUGAUCCGCGGUUAAUCUCUGUUUGUUGUAAUCGUCGGUGACCGAACCCAUUGUACAUAGAAGAACAUGUAGUAUCAUUCUUGAUGGUUUACGGAUGGAUUGGCUACUGCUAUAUAUUAGUGGCAAGUAGAUUGUUGGGUUAGUGC